AUGCCUCGAUUUGUUCCUCGCCAACGGAAACACAAGGUCCUUGCGCGAGAGAAAAGCGAGAAGGCACCUCAAAUCGAGUCGAAUCAGGAACAAAUCAUCCCUCUAACACAAAGCGAGAAAGAGGCAAAGAGACAGAAAUUGAGAGAUGAGCUGAAGGCUCAGCAGCCAAAAGUAUCGGCCAAAAAGCAGAAGAGAUUGGAUAAAUACAUCGAGAAUAAGUUGAGAAAGGAUGAGACAAUCGACUUGCUCCGAAAGUUGGAGCAGGAGAAGGAGAAAUAUGACGCCGUGGUAGACUCUUCUCAGAAUUUGGGAAAAAGAACUUUUAGCGAGUUUGUGAAGGGACAGACGAACGGCAACACUGAAAAGAACAAGAGAAAGCGCACGCAAAAGGACGAUCAAGACUCUGAUAUAGAGAGCGAAGAUUCAUUCGAAGCAGAGAACAAGGAUGCCUUUACACAUAUGCCAGAUGAAGAUCAUGAACCCAUGCCUGCCCCCGUCAUCACCAAUGCGAUUCGCGGUAGUGGACUCGCACGGCCUUUGGAACUUGACGAGAGUGGUUUGCCCGUGAUUCAAUCGAGGAAGAGGGGGAAGCAGCGUGUCAAAGGCACUCCUGUUGCGGAGGAACUGCCCUGGCAUGGGUUUGAUUCGAACUCAGCUGAUGCAGAAGACUCUCUAGAUGGCGAGGGGAAUCUAGAAGACUCUGAAUCUUCAGAUGGCGAUGAUUCUGCCACCAGCGAAUUGGGAACGAGUGACGAAGAUGACGAUUUAGCGUCUGAAGACAGUGAUUCGGAUUCGGAGUUAUCAUCUUCAGACGAGUCUGCAGGGGAGAAACCAAAGACCAGAAAAUCGGCAUUCAAGACGUGGGCAACACAGCAGGUCAACAAUUCUAUAGGACAUGUCCCAUCCUACACCCCUGGUGAGGGCGAGCUGCUGCCAAAGCCAGCAGUCAAAGAGUUGGCGACUCCGAUGAAAGUAGUCAGUGAUACCCCCACUGAGGCUUCCGAGUCAACGCCAAACCGAAAGGCAUAUGCAGUGCACAUCGAUCGUGCGGAUGAGAUUCAGCAAUCGAGGAUACAGCUACCAAUCCUCCAGCGAGAGCAAGAAAUAAUGGAGGCUAUCCACAAUAAUUCGGUUGUGCUAGUGAAAGGCGAUACUGGUAGCGGCAAGACGACACAAGUACCACAGUUUCUAUUCGAAGCCGGGUAUGGCUCCAAAGAUGGAUCGACUCCCGGAAUGAUUGGAAUCACUCAGCCUCGACGAGUAGCUGCAGUGAGUAUGGCCAAACGCGUUGGCGUUGAAUUGGGUGACCAUGGGAAGAAAGUGGCGUAUCAAAUUCGAUUCGACAGCAAUGUCUCUUCCAACACCGCAGUCAAAUUCAUGACCGAUGGAAUAUUGCUCCGGGAAUUAUCUCAAGACUUGCUUCUCAGAAGAUACUCUGCGAUUGUCAUUGAUGAAGCCCACGAGAGAAGUGUCAAUACCGAUAUCUUGAUUGGUAUGCUGAGCAAGAUUGUGCCUGCUCGAUUGAGAAAGACCAAGUUCAAUCCAGAUCCACAACCACUCAAGCUCAUCAUAAUGUCUGCUACUCUCAACAUAGGAGAUUUUCUACAUGAGAAACUUUUCUCUCCCUCUGAAAGACCCCCGGUGGUUGAAGCAGAAGGCAGGCAACAUCGUGUUACUACGCAUUUUGCAUUGCGUUCCAGGCCAGAUUAUGUCGAAGAAGUGAUUGAGAAGGUUGGACGUGCCCAUCGAAAACUUCCUCAUGGAGGCAUACUGGUCUUCUUAACGGGUCAAAACGAGAUAAGGCAGGUUGGUGAUCGCUUGAGGACUGCCUUAGCACCUCGGGACAGACACAACCCUCGACAAAAUGCACCACAAGUGACGAUAGCGGCAAGUGAAGCCCCACUUGAGGUUGAAGAUAUGGAUAUUGGCGACUUCAAGGCACAAGAUGACCACGAUGAUUUUGAUCUCGACAUCUUGACACAUUCAGAAGAUGAGGCAGAGGCACAUGAAUUUGACAUUUCGGAUGAUGAAGAUAAAGGCAACAUUGGUAAACCCAACCCUGUGUCCACAUUGACUAAAGAACCUUACACCUCCGUCCAUGUUCUACCACUCUAUUCACAGCUCCCGACGAAUGAACAACUCAAGGUAUUCGAGCCACCUCCACCAGGCUCUCGACUGAUCGUGCUCGCAACCAAUGUUGCUGAGACCAGCUUGACCAUACCCGGAAUCCGCUACGUGUUUGACUCGGGUCGAAGCAAAGAACGGAAGUACAACCUAGACUCGGGAGUCCAGAGCUUCGAAGUCGAUUGGAUCAGCAAGGCCAGCGCUGAACAGCGAGCCGGUCGCGCAGGUCGAACGGGGCCUGGCCACUGUUGGAGACUUUACGCCUCCGCGGUAUAUGAGCAAUUCUUUCCCGACCACGCAGAACCAGAAAUCCUCCGAGCACCUGCUGAGAGUGUCGUCCUGCAACUCAAAGGGUUCGCCUACCCAAAACCGAUCGUGGACUUUCCAUUUCCAACUCCACCUGCAUCAUUCACCUUGAACAAAGCCGAGCAGCUGCUGCGAAAUCUUGGAGCCUUGACGACCAACGGAGUCAUCACCAAACUGGGCAAGCAAUUGUCCGUGUAUCCCCUCUCACCUCGACUGGGCAAAAUCAUGGCCGCUGGGGUCGACGAGCCCGCUCUGAUCUGGCAGGUCCUCGCACUAGUGGCCGGUCUCGCCGUGCCCGAAAUCUUCAUCACAGAAGCGCAGCUCGAUCUGGACCCGUCCCAACCCGCACCCAACGGAGGGGAAUUAUACACUCGAGCGGACCAACUUGACGACGAUGCGCGCGACCGGAGAAAGCAAGAAUACGGCCGGGCCAGAGCAACACUCAGCCGGCACGACAAGACGUCGGACGCGAUGAAACUCUUCACCGCAGUGUCCAUGUACCUGGAUGCCACGGACAAGAACCAGUUCUGCAGCGACUACUUCCUGCGGCCGAAAGCCAUGGCGGAAAUCAGUCAACUGCGCUCGCAACUCGAAUCGCUCGUGCGCGCGAACCACCGCACAACCAUCAGCUCUGAGAUCAUCACACAGUCACGCGGCUCGAAACUCUCCUCCUCGCGCGUCAAGCAGCUCAACAUCAUCGCCGCAAGCGGCCACAUCGACCGCGUCGCCAUCCGCUACGACCGCCUGCCCACCCCGCCAGACAUGCCUGUGAAGCCCCGCCGCGCAAUCGACAUCCCCUACCUGCCCCUCGUCCCACUCACAGACAAGACCUCCGCCUCCCUCACCGAGAAAGCAGUCUACAUCCACCCAUCAUCGGUCCUGUCGCGCCUCCCCAUCAAAGACCUGCCGGAAUACAUCGUGUACAGCCACCUGCAGCGGGCGCAAGCACACACGAUUCAAACCGAUGGCAUAUCGCCCAAAACGCGCAUGUUCCCGCUCACGCCGAUCGACAGCGCGCGCCUCUCGCUGCUCGCCCGCGACACCGCGCUCGUCGAGUACGGCAAGCCCGUCGCCAGGAGCAAAGUCGAAGAUCUCGCGGGCCUGCCGAAGCGGAGGGAGUGCUGGGUUGUUGCGGAGCUGAAGGUUGGAGCCGGCGAGCGCGGCGGCGGGUUGGGCUUUGGCUGGCCUUUGCCGCCCGUCAAGGUCCGGCAGGUGCUGGACGUGAAAAGUAAAGGCGGCUGGAGGGUCGAGGAGGUGUUGAGUUGA